CGCACUCCGGUGAGGAUCCUCUUUUCGUUGUGAUGGCUGCGUGAAUCGGGGAAUGGAGAAGGAUAACGGGUCGUACCAGCCUCGAAAUCGCCGUCGUCCGCAUUUGAUAAACACGGAGUCUGUUUUUUGCUAACAUUAUUUACCUGGCGUUAGCUCACCCAGCAGCCUUGCUCCCGGGCCCGCUUCGUGUCUGGCUCCUAUUUUAAUGGAGGCUCACUAGCUAGCUAACUUAAUGAUGAUGUUGCAUCGGUGGAAUUAUCCCGGUGCCAUUGAUUGAGAUGGAGCCAACGACUCUGAAGUGGAGUCGCUUGCUAGCUAGCUAGCGAGCCAACAUCGCCGGGAAUUCAUCCUACCCGAGUGGCACCGAAUAGCUAAAUGGGUGGAAGUGGAGUGAUAUCGCACAGGGUGUGUUUUUUAAUCAGAGAUGUCUACCAAUGCCCCCUGAUUUGAUCGAGACUUAACAUGUUAACUAGCAAAAAAUUCUGCUAUAAACAUCGCUAACCAUUUUCGGUUAGCUACAAGUGACACGAUAUCUCGCCCUAGCCACAUCUUUGCUGUCCUUGGAUGCUUCAGUGACAUUAACUGGGCAGUGUGCAUCAGGAUGGCACAGCUCCUGGACGGCGCCCGCAAACUGGGCUGGGUUCUGCUGAAGUCUGUGCUUCGUUUCGUGUUUAUGUUCAUUAAUAACUGUGUAGCCAUUCCAUCCUACUGCUUAUACCUGCUCCUCCUUCAGCCGCUGAGAAUAUGGGACAGUCCCACGUUUUGGAACAUUGAAGGAAUAAUGUUCAAAUGGAUGCUCGCCAUGGUGUCUUCAUGGGGCUGGGUCGCAGGUUAUACAGUAACGGAGUGGGGUGACGACGUGAGGCCCAUCUCUGAAGAGGAAGCCAUGGUCAUAGUCAACCACCAAGCCACAGGAGACGUGUGCACCCUCAUGAUGUGCCUGCAGGACAAGGGAACGGUGGUACGAAAAAUGAUGUGGUUGAUGGACCAUGUGUUCAAAUACACCAACUUUGGCCUGGUGUCCCUGAUCCAUGGGGAUUUCUUUAUCAGACAGGGUAAAGCUCACCGGGACAACCAGCUGGUCUACCUGAAGGACCACCUGGACAGGUAUUACCACAGCCGUGACAGGAAGUGGAUAGUGCUGUUCCCUGAAGGUGGCUUCCUGCGCAAGCGGCGGGAAACCAGCCAGCUGUUUGCCAAGAAGAAUUCCCUCCCCCAUUUGACCCACGUGACGUUGCCACGUCUGGGGGCCACCCAGGUCAUCCUGAAGACCCUGAGAGCCCAGCAGGAGAAUGGCAGCGUGGGAAGUGAGACUGGAAUCCCUAACCAGUCAGGUAGUAAGCGUAAAGGCCUGCAGUGGGUGGUGGAUGUGACCAUAGCCUACCCCAAAGCAAGGCCCAUGGACAUCCAGACCUGGAUCUUUGGCUACAGGCCUCCUACAGUAACACAUGUACAUUACAGGAUAUACCCUAUAAAGGAUGUUCCUGUGGAGACGGAGCCCCUGACUGAUUGGCUGUAUCAGAGGUUUGUGGAGAAAGAGGAGCUGCUGGCCCACUUCUAUGACACAGGAGCCUUCCCUCCACCAAAAGGCCAGAAGGAGGCUGUUUCCCGGGCGAUGACCCUCGACCCGGUGUGGCUGUGCAUUAUCCAGACCCUUGCUUUUGCCUCUGGCUACAUGUGGUACCUUGUCCUCCAGUACCUCUACUGCUGUUUAUUUUGAGCGUGCUGAUGAGGCCAGAGUCUUCAGUGGACCAUUGGAAAUGCCUCAGGAUCAGAUGGUGUGCGGCCCAGCUUCAUACUUGCCCCCCACGAUGGAUGAAUGUACAUUUGCUAAAGCGGAGAGACUUAAAAAGAGAAGAAGAAAAAAACAAGUGAAACACAAGUACACAAACACACACAAAUGACAAAAAGUCCUAUACGAUAUGAACCUGAUCAUGUAAAAAAAAAAAAACAAGAAAAAAAGCAUACUAACUUGCACACACCCUAACAUGACACACUUGCUCCGACAACCUAGCAAAAUAAUCUUUAUCCUCUCGCACUCGUCACAACUCACAUUUCAAUGUUUACACGUCCUCAUACACAUAGACACUCACACAUACAUAACUUUGUAUUCAAAGAUAACGAAUGAGGCUCAGGACUCCCCCAGAAGCUGUUCUGGACCAGACUCUCCCUUUCUGCCCCCCGCCCCGGGCUUUAGCCGCAGUAGUUUUACAGAGUGUCAAGCGUGUGUAUGUAUGGAUGUAUGUGUCUGUGAGUACGUAUGUAGGUGAGUAAAAGCAUAAUGUCUGCCCUUAUUCUUCCUGGUGAGAACUGAUAUUGCCCACUAGACCUCUCUCGCUGGCCCGCUGACUGUCUAGCCGGCCGGCCACGACCUUCCAGAGAGAGAGGCUGUACGAACGUGAACGUUGAGACUCCACAGCCGACCUCUCCUCUGGCCUUCAUUGCACUAAGGAUCCAUACUGCCCUUCCUGCUCCCUGCCCCAGGAAAUAUUCCUGAACGGUAGCUGUUGAUGUUUUUAAUGAUUUUUUUUUUCUUAUCUUUUUUCUUCUUCCCUCCCGUUCCCCUCCAAACUCCACAACAACGGCCAUCGUAUAUGUCGUCGAUGUCUUCUGUUGUCGCUAGGACUUUUUCCCGUGUCCGCCAGUCUUGUCGAGGCUGUAUUGUGAGCUCACUGAGAAAGGGGAAUUUUGUUUACACUGGCGGGCCCAUUGGAAGCCUAAAGGGAUGCCUGCAAUGAUGCAGGGCUUGAGUACGGAUUGUUUUCUGUGUCGGGCUUGGAAGAGGAGGUAGGUGUGGUGGAGACAUGCCCAAAACGCUGAUGAAGGAACACUGAUGGCACACAGGGCAGAACUAAAGUCCAAUCACCUAAAAAAAGUAACUCCCUACAGCCCUCUACUUGGAUUCACAACACCCCUGCCCUCCCUCUGCUGUCCCCUACACGCAUACACAAACACACACACACACACACACACAUAUACACAGAGCCAUGUGCAGCUACACAAAGCAGAGUAGACCUCUGUCUCGACGAUCAUCUCAGCGAGCCAGACUGAGAAGGCAGAGAGACUGAUUUCCCCAUUGGACUACAUAGUUUUACAAAUAUUUAAGCCAUAUGCUUAGUGUCGUUUGGGUGAGACAAUGACAUGGAAAAAAAUAAGAAUUUUUAUAGAAAGCUACCCUAAUGUUCAGCAUUCUAAAAUAGAGAUUUUGGCUUACAGAACUAUAGGUGUCAUUACUGUAAAUUUACAGCAUAACCUGCCUAAGUGAGUGUGUGUGGUUGUCUUCCCCCCUCCCUUUUUUGAUAUAUAUAAUUAAUGUCGUGUUGCUCUGUGAUGUCAGAGUUUGGCGGCAAUUCACCGUUAGUGGUCAUAUUUUAUUUCACUUUAAAUUACUUGAACUGUCGUCCUCAUGUCAUGGUAUGUUUAAUCUUGUACAUAACAAAGCUGAGGAAGAAUUUCAUUGUUAUGAAUGACUGCAGCAUUAUCUCUCUCUCUUGGUCCGUAAUAUUUCCUGAUUUUAUUUUAGUUCGAAAUAUCAUGAAUGUUUUAAAAGAAAAAAAGAAAGCAAGGAUUUUCCCGUCACUUCUCAGUGUUAACUCUGUACCUUUUUGUUGAACUCCUGACUGAGUUGUUGUUGUGUGCUUCAUGACAUUAGAGCCGGCCAGGUUCCCGGCUCCUGCGCUGCCCCAUUGCACAAUGACACAUGGGCCCAGUUUCAAACUUGUACCCACUCCCGAAAACAAAUCAUUUGAUGAAAACUUGAAAUAAUUAGCACAUUCUUUAUGAUCCUGUGGAAGACCUUGACGAUCCAGCCUUACCUGCCGUCUUGGUACACCACAUUCCUAAAUAAUGAUAUUGGCCUGCAUCACCAUUUCUUAUACACUAUAUUUGGGGUGUUAAUUGCUAUAAGCUAUAUGGAUAGGGUCAAGCUAAAACUGGGCCAGUGAGGAAGGGAUCAUUCUUCACUUUGAAGGGAAACUCCGGCAGGACCCAGCAAUGAUGCAGCUAUUGGCUCUCAGAUGCGGUUGAAUCAUGUUUUAGAAGUAAAUUACAUGUCAUUAGAUUAAUCUGCUUGGAUUAGGAAAGAUAAAGAUCAUGAGUAAUUACCAUGAUCGUGACUGAAUGCAUAAAAGAUGCAUUUUUCUUGUUCCAUCUAUGGAAGUGUAAAGCCUGCGUGUGAAAUGCAAAAAAGGCUACCUGACCUGGAAGGUGGAGAGCUCGUUUGAGAGCCAGCUGCGGUUACACUUCCUGCGGCCCUUUCAGAUUCCCCUCCAAUGUGAGAGUGUCGUGUAACGAAGCUUCAUCUUUUUAUUUAAAUUUUUUUUUGACAGUCUUUCCAAAGAAGGCAGGGAAAAAAAUGUUUUCCUAGAUGUGGUUUUAGGAAAUAAACACAAUAGGAAUUUAAACAAAUUAUACUAGAACUGUCUGUAAUUUUCCAUUUUGUACUUCUCCUUAAUUCCUAGCUACACAGCCAUUUUACAACACAAAAAACUUGUGCUGGAAUAAAACAUCAUAAAGAUCCUAA